GUGAAAGGCGCCUUUCAUCACCCAUGAGAAAACCCUUCAUACUGUGGACGCCAUUAACUCCAAAGUUCCUUCUUUUGUGUAAGCAGUAAAAGCACUUUGGUUCACAGACACGCAUUCCGCAUGCCAUUUUAGCUCAAUCCCUGUUCUGAUUGUAGCCCAAUUACUUUUCGUCCUUUUUCUGAUUCUCUGAUUGAUUAUGACGAUUGGGUGUUUGAAUUCAGCUGGAGCCUUUACUUGUUCUUAUUAUUUUGCUGGGCCAAUCAGAAUACCAGAGCAUUCCCUUCAUCUGUACUUCCAUGACUUCAUAAAGCUUUCCACCAGCUAUCUUUGGAAUCAGUCCCGUACUUUCCCAGGCAAAAUUUAAUUGUUCAAAGUUGACCCUUUUCCCGUAUGUUAAGGGUUGGUUUGCUUGGCAUUAUUCGCAGAGUUGCGCCUCUGAUGCAAUUCUCAUAGGUAAAUGGUUUUUCUUAGAUUUUAGACAUAAUGUGUACGAUAUUUUGCGGUUAUGUGUAUGGUUCUUCAUCUUGAUAAUCUGUGUUGUUGAAGUGUCUUUGAAGCAUAAAGGAUUGCAAUUGUUGCCUAUAAUUAAGAGUGUCUUCUGAUUAAUGUUUGUUUGAGUUGGCAAAGAACACAUUUUUCUGCUUGUAAAUGCAUCAAAAUUUCGAUGUAACAUGGGUUUUCAAUCUGGUUUUCUAUAAAAAUAUUGUACUUUAUAGUUUCAUAUACAGAAAGAAAUGUUCUUUCUGACUAGUUUGCAAAUCCAUUUCUCUGUUUUGGUAUGGUUUCUUUUAUUUCUCUGAAAUUUGUGGAUUUAUUGGUGUAUAGAGACAGUUACAACUUGAAGCUCAAACUGCAGAAAACGUGAAACGUAAGCCAAAAGAGACGUAUAAGUUCUGAAAUGCGGUCAUUAAGAGGGUUCUCUGGUUCUAAUUCAAAGAAAAGAAGCAAGGACGCUCGAUUGGGCAUGAUUGAAGUCAUUCCUGAAAGAGAAUUAAGUCUUCAAGUCCUUGAUGGGUACGAUAAUGAAAACCAGCAGAUGGAAGAAGAAGGCGAGGGAAUCCCAUUAUCUGUUUCUGGUCUGCCUAAUUUUAGAAGGUUCAACAGAAGGUAUAACCAAAGUGCUUCAUAUACUAUGAAUGAAGAUCGAGUCAUCGACCGCUUCUUCAAGCCAUUAGGGCUCGGAUUUGAACAAGAACUCAAGUUUCCUUCACUCUUCUGUGAGAAAUUGAAUGGAGAGCUUCCAGAUGAGGCUAUCUUAAUUAGCUGCAAGGGGAUGUGGGCUGUCAAAAUAGCUAGAUGCGGCUGCCAUGGCCUCCUGUCCUUAUCUGGAGAUGGUUGGACCAGUUACAUCUUUCAUCAUGACCUGAGUGUUUACGACAUGAUUUGGUUUGAAGAAACUGAUCAGAUGGUGUUCCGAACUCAUGUGUUUGAUAGCUCUGCUUGCGAGAAGAAAUUUCCUGACAAUUUGGCUUUGGUACCUAUUGUUCCAACUGGUCAUCGAACCCGGAGCAAGGCAUUCGCUAAAUGCAGUGAGAAUGAAUUCACAGCUGUUAUUGAAGCACAUCAUGUGAACCACAAUUAUGUGGUAAUCUUUUCUAUCCUUGGGCAAAAAAGAUAUGGAUUUGUUAGCCUUAAACUCUCUGUUCAAAAGCAAACUAGUGUACCAGCCAACGUCAAUUCUCAGUUUCAUUCUCAUGUGACAGACAUUUCCAGCUGAAUUUUUAAGAGCAAAUGAUGAACUGAGAUGGGAAAAGAAAGCCAUACUUGUGAAUGCUUAUGGACAUGCAUGGGAAGUGGAACUAUCAAGUCUCUCAGAUGAGCACCAAGCUGAAGUAUCUGUAAGAAACAAGAAGCUGUGCAGUGGUUGGCGGGCUUUUUUUGUAGCAAACAAGCUCAAGGCAGGUGAUAUAUGCAUCUUUGAAGUUGACCAUCUCAGCACUCUCAAAACUUCCAGCAACAUUAUCCUAAAGGUGCAGGUCUUGAGAAGUUAUCGGACCAUCUGCUGAGUUGGGCCAUGUUUACAACAACUUAUGUCUGAUUGAUCUGAACAUGUAAGAAAAUGGCAGCAGGUUCAAGCUAAUCGAACGCAAUAAUGUAUGUCUAGCUACUUAAUUUUACUGCCUAGGACUCAUAGUUGAAAUGGUUGAAGCUCUGUGUUGAUACUUUUCUGAGUACUGCAGUGAGCUGUAUCUUCAUCGUUACAGAUCAGAGAAACAAUGCAGGUUUUGUAUCGUUUCCUAACGCAGUCAAAUGAUUACUGUAGUUUUAUGUCCCUAACAUCCAUCUUAUACAGGACAAGUGGGUGGCAAUGCUAAUUGUGUCAUCAUAUUCAACACUCUUAAUCUAACAUUUGUUCAAAGAUUAUUAAUAUUCCUCUGGUUUCAAAAUUAUUCAAACGUUAAUAGAUUACCG